UCUAGCGGGACUGAAAAUGUUUCAAUGGCAACACUGCCCGUCAACAACACCAUCUGUGCUCCUCCCUCCGCUAUCAUCAUGGCGUCAUGGCCUGACACACCGUCUGUCCUGCCUCUCCUGCUCCUAAACGCCUGCUCAGUGGACCCCUCGUGCAUGGGAAAGUGAAGUCAGCCACACUGAAGACCACAGUGCCAGAAUAAGAGACUUCACUCUGUAUUGGUACAACCACCACCAAUGCUGGUUCUAAAGUGAGGGUCUGACGCGGAUGCUGUGCUCAGCGCUCGCUCCAGCCUUACUGCCAUUGACUCUAGGACUCUUUGAUGCAUCCCUCACUUCGUCUGCUCGCUUGUUCUCUGAAGGUGGCAUUAGGGGAACCUUGCUGAUCACCCCAGCUUCCCUGAGGUUCCUGGAAGGCCAGUCAGCAUCCUGAGUGGCCAAGACCACCAGGAGCAGACUGUUACUGGUGUGGAGUUCAAGGGUGAUCAGAAGCACCACCUCUAUCACCACGUUGCUACUGUCAUCUGCGACCAUAAAGGAAAGGGAAAGUUAGAGUGUCAGGAGUGUCAGAAGAUUUGAGACUGAGUGCAAUGUCACUUGACACAGCCUUGCACACCUUGGUGAAAGAAAUCAUGAGUGCUGAGAGUGGGGGAAAAGACAUUCUGGGUAGUGUUACCUCAACAAAUUCACCCACACUUUCUGAUGAAAUGAGUCAUGAAUGUUAUGAGUGUGGCAAAAAGUUUAGCAAAAAGGGUUAUCUCAAUAAGCACAUUAUUACACACUCCGGAGAAAGAAAUCAUGAGUGUGAAGUUUGUGGAAAAAGGUUUACUAUGAAGGAUACCCUCAACAGACACACCCUUACACACACUGGUGAAAGAAACUAUGAAUGUGAAGUUUGUGGAAAAAGUUUCAUUGACAAAGGCAUCCUCACCAGACAUGUUUCUAUUCACACUGGUGAAAAAAAUCAUGAAUGUGAACUUUGUGGGAAAAGAUUUAGGUUGAAGGUUCUUCUCAACAGACACACCCUUACACACACUGGUGAAAGAAAUUACGAAUGUGAAACUUGUGGUAAAAGAUUUCCUGAUAGUAGUUCUCUCAACAGACACAUCUUUACUCACACUGGUAUAAUAAAGCCAAAAAUUCAUGAAUGUGGAUUUUGUGGAAAAAAAUUUAAUGAGAAAAGUAACCUUAACAAACACACACUUAUACACACUGGUGAAAAAAAUCAUGAAUGUGAAAUUUGCUGCCAAAGAUUCAGGCUGAAGGCUUCCCUCAACAGACACAUCCUUCUUCACAAAGGUGAAAAAAAUCAUGAAUGUGAAGUUUGUGGAGAAAGAUUUGUUGAUAAAAGCUCCCUCAACAGACAUGUUCUUAUUCACACCGGUGAAAAAAAUCAUGAAUGUAAACUUUGUGGAAAAAGAUUUACGUUAAAGGUUCACCUCAACAGACACACCCUUACACACACUGGUGAAAGAAAGUACAAAUGUGAAAUUUGUGCUAAAACAUUUAUUGAGAAGGCUCAUCUUAACAAGCACAUGCUUAUUCACACUGGUGAAAAAAAUCAUGAAUGUGAAGUUUGUGGAAAAAAAUUCAACGGGGAGGGUCAUCUCAAGAAACACACCCUUACGCACACUGAUGAAGGAAAUCAUGAAUGUGCAGUUUGUGGAAAACAAUUCAGUAAAAGGAAUAACCUCAACAGACACACCCGUACACACACUGAUGAAAGAAAUUAUGAAUGUGAAAUUUGUGGAAAAAGCUUUACUAAGAAAGACACCCUCAACAGACACAGUGUCACACACAGCGGUGAAAAAAAUUAUGAAUGUGAAGUUUGUUUGAAAAGAUUCAGUCGCAAGAAUAACCUGAAGCAACACACCCUUACACACACUGGUGAAAAAAAUCAUGAAUGUGAAGUUUGUGGAAAAAGAUUUCUUGAGAAGGGAAGUCUCACCAGACAUAGCAUUACUCACACUAGGGAAAGAAAGUAUGGAAGAAUUUAUGAAUGUGAAGUUUGUGGAAAAGAGUUAAGUCAGGAGAGUCACCUCAAUAUGCACAUUCUUACACACACUGAUGAAAUAAAUCAUAAAUGUGAGAUUUGUGGCAAAGGAUUUACUGAUGAGUGUGCACUCAACAGACACACCCUUACACACAGUGGUGAAGGAAAUGAAGCGCCGCGUGUAAGGAAGAAGAACCGUGACAGGAAGCAAACUCCUAAAAAAUGCAUUAAGAGUUUGCCAAAGAAAUCAUAACUAUAAUUUCAUUUUCAACUUGAAACAUCAUCACAUUGUACAGGUAACUCUCGAUUUACGCGUUUUUUAAAUAAUGAGGGGUCCAAAAUCCAAAGAAAUAUUUAAUUUACACGUUUUUUUCCACUUAUACGGGAUAUUUUAUGGAGUGGCCAUCAGAUGUCUCACGCAACUGGACUCACACGGCGCCGCGGCCACACAGCUGAGCUCAGUUCUUCCCGCAUGCCACUUGAACAACAAUACAGUACCCACGCUACUCAACAAUAACAACAACACCCUCGCUGCUGUGGUUCCACGAGGUGAAGGGCAGCCAGAAGAGGAACCACGAGAGGGAAAGGAGUCAGAGUGAUACAGUAGGCAAUAAAGGUACAAACCUA